AAAACUGUUAAUACGUUUAAACAAACGCUUUCUGAAACAAGCAGCGAAUCACGUGAACUUGCUAGCCGUAUGUCUGUUUUGGAACAGGCUAUUUUCGCUGAUGGUGUUAAUGCUAAAGAACGCGACGGGCAGUCGUCUGUACGGAUCGACGCUACUAAUGCUGAACCUGUCCCAAUGGCAGGUCCUGUCCCGGCGGCUGGUCCUGGUCACAAAGCAGGUCCCGUUCGGAAGGAUGCGACCUUCAGUAACAGCGAGUCCACGGAGGUCCCGUCUGAGGAUAGUGUAGUUCAAAUACGAAGACCAAGUCUGAUGAGGGCGAUUCCUUCCUCUUCAAUCGUAGCCUUCCAUUCUGAGUUGUCGAAUUCGGUGGGUGUUAGGACGGGGAACAUCGUUGUGUACGACCAUGAGACGCUGGACGAAGGGCAUGCAUACAGUCCUCAUGACGGCAUCUAUACCGUUCCUGUAUCUGGUAUCUACGUCAUAGUUUGGGAAACAUUUGCAAGUUUUCACAGCUACAUCCAAACGUUUUUGGUGGUUAACGGAGCUAAAAGAGGGUCUUCUUUUUCUGAUGCACAAGAGGCACACGACAUCCAUCUUGUUUCUUCUCUGGUUGUCCUGCGACUGCACCAAGGGGAUCACGUGGUCAUACAAGUAGGACGAACAAGUGAAAUCAACGCCACAAUGUACGGUUACAGUGGUUAUAGUGCUAGACCUACAUUUUCUGGUUGGAAAUUGUUCUAAAAUAAAAUAAAAGUGAAAUAUUGCUGGUACGAAGUCUUGUCCACUUAAUUUUAUGAAU